CGUCGCUGCUGAUACUCGACAAAACAUAUCAUUGUUCGUUGCCAAAAUGUUGAUCGAAGAGUCUUACAAAGAUAUUGCUACCAAGGAUGGCGGAAACAUGCGUGUGUACACAUGGCACCCAACUGUGCCCAACUACCCCAAGGCCAAAUUUCCUGGUGUAGUUGUCUUCAGCGAGAUUUACCAAGUGACUGGACCCGUGGCCCGCUUUGCUAAGCAGAUUGCCGGCCAGGGCUACAUUGUUGCUGCUCCCAGUAGUUACCAUGAAUUCACCGGACCUGAACCUCUUGAAUAUGAUGGCCCUGGCACCGAUAAGGGAAACGACUGGAAGGUUGCCAAGAAGCUUGCAGCUUACGACGAGGAUGCCGAACUGAGUGUCUCGUUACUUCUGUCCCUCGAGACCUGCAAUGGCAGAAUUGGUGCAACCGGAAUGUGUCUAGGCGGUCACCUGGCAUACCGGUGUGCUCUGGACAAGCGUGUAAGCGCUGCUGUCUGCUACUUUGCUACUGACAUCCACUCCCAAACCCUUGGUGCUGGCAAGAACGAUGACUCUCUAGCAAGAGCCAAGGACAUUAAGGGCGAAUUGGUUAUGAUCUUCGGCAAGAAGGAUAAUCAUGUUCCUCCCGAGGGCCGUGACCUGAUUCGUAAGACACUGCACGAGGCAGGUAUCUGCUUCAGCUUCUUCGAGGCUGCCUGGGCUCAGCACGCCUUCAUUCGCGAUGAGUCGAGCAAGGGACGUUAUGACCCUGGGCUUACCAAGAUCUGCUUUGAGAUUCUCUUGGAACUCUUCAACCGCACGCUGAGAUCAGACCUUGGUCCCAGGGUUGGCGGCGAGCAGGAGAUUGAAGACGUUUGCUGAGUCUUCAAGUUGAUUGCAGGACACAACCUUUAUGUAGAUACCGAAGGAGAACGAUCGUAUCACGCUCGAAUGCGAGUCAGUGAGCAGAUGACAGAUGCGACCUACAAGCACAAUUGCCUUGCAAUGGUAAUGGAAGCAGCAACCGAGUGAAAGAAUUCAUCAGUACCCCUGUAUACAGUGUUGCAAAUUCUAGCAAUCGGUUGGCCUCGACUUCCUUUGCUUGGAACACGCUGACUCGAUUAUGAAUAUAUUUCAAGUAGUGAAGGUCAGGAUAAGAAGGUUGCGAGACUGAACAUGUCGAGUGUCUUGAGCGUUGUUGCUCAAUCGAGUUAGUGCGAGCUUGCCGGCUCUUGGCACACAAGCCGACGCUCGCCCACCGAUAUUCAACUUUCGACGCUCCGCUCCUUCUCUUUUCUCUAGACGCG